AUGCGGCGGCUUGUGCGGGAUUAUCAACACUCCUUACAGCUGAUGCAGGUGGAAGCGGUUGGACGCGGUGAUGGUGCUGGUGGUGGCGGUAAUGGGGGCAUUGAGGGCAUCGGGGACCCGCUCGCUUUCGCGGCACAGUAUUCCUGUCGUUUCGUCAAUGUCCACCCCUUUCUCGACGGCAACGGGCGCAUGUGCCGGCUCCUGCUGAACGCGGUUCUGUUGAGCGUGGCCGGCGUCGUGGCGCCGCUGGGUGGCACGGAGGCUGCGCGCGAGGAGUAUCUCGUGGAGGCGGGACGGGCGUCUGAGGCGGCGGCUUCGGGGCGGGGGGAGGAUGAUGAUAAUGAUGAGGACGGGGUGCCGAGGACGAAAAAUUGGAAGGGUCUUUCUGUGCUUGUCCUGCGGCAUGCGAAGGAGGGCUUGGAGGAGCUUGUGGGAAGGUUGAGGGGGACUUGA